UUCCUCAGAAAUUGAUUUAAUUUAAUUCUCUAAUAGAACCAUAACAAUGGUCCGAUGUCAUUACGAGGUGUUGGGAGUAGAGAGAACUGCGGACCAGGAUAUGCUUAAGAAAGCAUACAGAAAACUUGCAUUAAAGUACCAUCCGGAUAAGAAUCCGGAUGACCCAGACGGUGCGAAGCAAACUUUUCAGUUGAUACAGCAAGCGUAUGAAACCCUUUCUGAUUUACAGGAACGAGCUUGGUAUGACAAUCACAGAGAGGAGAUCCUACGAGGAGGGCUGGGGGAGAAGAUGGAAGNGGGGGGAUAUGGAGAUGACGAGAAAGGAUUUUACGGUGUUUUCAGAGAAGUUUUCAAUACAAUCGCUAAAGAGGAUUCUGAGUUCAUGGAUGAACAGGAUAGCGAUUUCGAGGUAUACAAGGGGAGAACCGGUGGGUUAAACGGAAAAUAUAAACUCGAGAUAUUUAAACAAGGGGAGAACGAUGGGUUAAACGGAAAAUAUAAACCCUUGAUAUUUAGACAAGGGGAGAACCGGUGGGUUAAACGGAAAAUGGAACAGGAGAAUAAGAAGAUUAGGGACAAGGCCAGGAAGGAGAGGAAUGAGGUUAUCAGAAACCUUGUUUCAUUUGUCAGAAAACGUGAUAAAAGAGUUGAUGCUUACAAGAAGAGAUUAGAAGAGAGGGCAGAGGAAAACAAGAAGAAAACACUGGAUUUCCAGAAGAAGCAACGAGAAGAAAGGAAGAAACUUUUAGAGGAGAGUAUGAAUGACUCGGCUAGUCUAAAUAUGAAAACUAUGGAGGAUGCCUUGAAACAGUUAGAAGGAGAGUAUGCUGGAAGCUCCGAAGAAGAUGAAGAUGAUAGUGAAGUAGAACUAGAAGAAGAGGAAUUAGAGAAUCUUGUUGAUGAAUUGUAUUGUGUGGCUUGUGAUAAACUAUUUAAAACCAUCCCGGCCAAGGAGAAUCACGAAACCUCGAAAAAGCACAAAGAAAACUUGGAAAUCUUGAUACGAGAUAUGCAAGCAGAAGAAUAUGAUGAAGAUGAUGAUACUGAACCUGAUCAUGAGGAACUGGAUGGCGGUGAACUUGAUCAUGACGAACCUGAUGAUGCUAAAUCUGAUCAAGAUGAAUCUGAUGAUGUUGAAGUUGAUGAUAAAGAUAUUAAUCCUUCAAAUCAUGAAAAUGAACAAGAUCCUUCAAAGCUAAACGAAUCCAUAGAAAAAAACCCUGUAGUCAAAUCCUUAAGUGACGACGAAUUUUUGACGAACGGCCAGGGCAAGAAAAAAGGAAAAACGAAGAAGAAAAAUAAACCUAAAAUCAUCUUUGUUGUUGAUUCAGAUGAAAAAUUAGAUUUGUUAACUCAAGUCUCAGACGAUUCAGAUUUUGAAUUUAAUAAGAAAAGGACAAAAAGUAAAAAGAAUAGAAAGACAGCUCCAUCUCUACCCAAGGAGAAGGUGGAAGAUAAAGAAAAUGAAAACAAGAAUAUCUGUCCUGCCAACCCCGACCCAAUUCUUCCGACAAAUCAACACGAUCCCGACGAGAACGUGUCUGAUCCGGAGUUAAAAUGCGGAAAAUGUGGCUCCGUGUUUCCCUCCAAAAACAAACUGUUUAAUCACUUGAAAUCCACGGGACACGCGUUGUAUCUGGGAAAGGAGAAAGCCAAGGUUAAACCCGCGGAUCAGAAACUUACAAAAAAGCAGAAACGAAAGUUAUGAAAAAUAUAAAUAUUUUCAGAAAUAAUAUGAAUUUUAUGACAAAAGAGGGCCUAGCGGAAAAACUCAACAAUUUAGGGACGCUUAUUUCCGACCAAGCAACAGUAUUUAAUCUUUAUCCUGUAUUCAAAGCUGCGACCUCCAGUAGUCCUCAACCCACCCCAGGUUAUGUUUAUGAUAUAUUGGUGGAGUUUACGUUCAAGAGUAA